AUGCCGGUCUUCUUGGAGGGCUACGGGGAGAGCGAGGGAAUCUACAAGAUCGCUGCUGGGUUGAGGGGUUAUUUGGGCGGGGGCCGGAAGAAGGGGCCGAGUUCAGGCAGCGAAGAGGAGGGGCAGGAGGUGAUCGGUCCGCGCUCAGUGGUCGUGGUCUCCGACCCGGUGAUCGUGAAGCGGAUCCUCACCAGCUCACCGGUGGGGGGUGCAACGUCGGGGUGCAACGUGGGCGACGGCGCG